UAAGACAAAGCUCAGCCUCUUGGGGGCACUGGCUGAACUGAGAUGUAGAAGCUCCAGGAGGACUGGAAAUGCGGAAGCGGGGUGAGCACUGGGGGAUGGGGGAGAUUCCCGACUGAAAACCAACCUAGAGAGUGUGGGCCAACCACGCCACCUCUGCAGACGCAGGCCUGGGGAUGAGGACAUCUGCAAGUCGGUCCCCGGGAAAUCCUGUCUUACACAUCUGCACCACAAGGCGCUACUUAUACAUAAAAUGAGUGAAAGGAGCCUUCUGCUCUCGCGGUUUCAGUUUUGCCUCUAAAAUGCUGUGUUCGGGCGAAUGCUGCUGCCCCUUCCUUGGGGAAGACGCCCCUGACUGCGCUCAUGCUCACCUCGGUCAGCCACGGCCAGGUCUUCUCUCGGCAGACCCAUCCCACACGGGGUCCUUGUCCCUUCUGAAGGAGCGAGGACCAUGGCCACAGGCAACACCACCACAGGUGAUGUGCAGGCGCAGGGAAACGCUUCUGAGGUGUGUAGAAUGGAGCCCGGCACAAGUGAGGAGCCAUUCGCACAGUGAAGAAUUCCAUCCCUGGCCUCCUGCAUCACCUUUUCCUACAGAGCAGCAGAACUCCGGAGGCUCCACCUCUGUGAGCUCCAGACCUCAGUUCCUCCUGAACACUCCACACUCUCUGCCCUCUGCACUUCCUUCCCAGGACCUCCCGGGGAAGCCCAGGGCUCCGCAGGUUUUAUGGCUUGCUUUGGGAGAAGACCCGCUCCUGGGAAGAGAAAUUCUGGCUCCUAUGACUCACUACAAGGCAGGGGGGACAGAAGGACAGACAGCACUUGCUUCUGAGGCCUUUCCCGUCUCCUUUGGCUCCAAGCACUCCUCUGCCCACCAAGAUUCUGUAUCUCGAGUAUCAUGCCUGAAGUCCUGCAGCCCAUCACAGUGGCUAUUAUGGCAAGUUCCUCAAAAUUCUGAGGGUGUUGGACCCAGGGCCUUACCAGGCAAACACUCUACCACCAAGUUCCACCCUCAGCCCUGAAAAUCCCAGAAUAAGUCCCAACUUUACUUCUUGUCCUUUGUGCAACCCACUGAAGUCAGGUGUGUUAUUACAAAAAGAAAAAUACCCACGAGGGCAAGGAGUCCAGGAGGGGUAGUUUCCCAAGGAUGAGAGCUUUCAGGAGAUUUCUGAAGAAGAGCUCUGACAGGGAAGUAGAGAGAAAGAACAGUAGGAAUCAGGAGCUGCUGCUAGGACACGGGUUCUGCCCGCCUUCUGUAAGGUUCCUAGUGAGUCGAAGGACUUUAUAAAGUGUUAGAGACAAAGAGAGUGGGCCUUGGUUUCUUCCAGAGCAAGAUGAGGUCAGGAGGCUGAAGGUACAAUGUAGGGGUGGAGGAGAGGAGUCCUGUGCCAUUUCCGGCUGCCUUGAGAGGGACGGAGGCCCGGAAAGGGAAGGGUCACUGCAGGUGUCCUAGAGGGGCUGAGCCCUGGCCACCACAUGAGGCCUCCGGUGCUUACAUGGUUAUUCAGAACUGGAUUGGAUGGAACAAAAAUGAAGAGAGAGAUUGCUUAGCACAAAAAGCCUGUUAGAGUCACGACCACAACUUUGAAAGGAGAAGCCAUAGUUGUAGAGUAGCAUGAGUAAGAGCAAGGUCGAUUAUUCUGGUCAAACUGUAGGAGACAGGUUUUUGGUCAAAGGGAUCUUUGGAGACAUAAAAUUAGAGAGAGAUUAUCUGCUGCGCUAAGGACGGGCUUGUGCCAGAACCCUUUCCUCACCCCGCUGUCUCUGCUUGUCACCACCCGGUACUGGUCCCAAGCAGGGUCACAUUCUCUCUAAGUUUCCCUGCCAUGAAUCUGCAAGGUACAGAUCUGCCAGGUACAAACUAGUGUU